UUUGUCACAGCUCAUUAGAAUGGAGACCUUUCUAUUCACAUCUGAAUCAGUGAAUGAGGGUCACCCCGACAAGCUCUGCGACCAGAUCUCGGAUGCUGUGCUGGAUGCUUGCCUUGCCCAGGACCCCGACAGCAAGGUUGCCUGUGAAACAUGCACCAAGACCAACAUGGUCAUGGUCUUUGGAGAGAUUACCACCAAAGCCAAUGUAGACUAUGAGAAGAUUGUUCGUGACACAUGCCGCUCUAUCGGAUUUGUUUCUGAUGAUGUGGGUCUUGAUGCUGACAACUGCAAGGUCCUGGUCAAUAUUGAGCAACAGAGCCCUGAUAUUGCCCAGGGUGUCCAUGGCCACUUCACCAAGCGCCCAGAAGAAAUUGGAGCUGGUGACCAGGGCCAUAUGUUUGGGUAUGCCACUGAUGAGACCCCAGAACUCAUGCCCCUUAGCCAUGUCCUUGCAACUAAGCUUGGGGCUCGUCUAACUGAGGUUAGGAAGAAUGGCACCUGCCCCUGGCUAAGGCCUGAUGGUAAAACCCAGGUUACUGUUGAGUACUACAAUGACAAGGGUGCCAUGGUUCCCGUUCGUGUUCACACUGUCCUCAUUUCUACUCAACAUGACGAAACUGUUACAAAUGAUGAAAUUGCUGCUGACCUCAAAGAGCAUGUUAUCAAGCCUGUCAUCCCUGAAAAGUACCUAGAUGAGAAAACAAUCUUCCACCUUAACCCAUCUGGCCGCUUUGUCAUUGGUGGUCCUCACGGUGAUGCAGGUCUCACUGGUCGUAAGAUCAUUAUUGACACCUAUGGUGGCUGGGGAGCCCAUGGUGGUGGUGCUUUCUCUGGAAAGGACCCUACCAAGGUGGACAGGAGUGGUGCUUACAUUGUUAGGCAGGCUGCCAAGAGCAUUGUGGCUAAUGGGCUUGCCCGAAGGUGCAUCGUGCAGGUCUCUUAUGCUAUUGGUGUGCCUGAGCCCUUGUCUGUCUUUGUAGACAGCUAUGGAACUGGAAAGAUUCCUGACAAAGAAAUCCUCCAAAUUGUGAAGGAGAACUUCGACUUCAGGCCCGGUAUGAUCACCAUCAACCUGGAUCUCAAGAGGGGUGGCAAUGGCCGGUUUUUGAAGACAGCUGCCUACGGACACUUUGGAAGGGACGACCCGGACUUCACCUGGGAAGUUGUGAAGCCCCUCAAGUGGGAGAAGCCUCAGUCUUAAAAUCCAGCUUUGGCUGUUCUCGAGUGUCUCUAAUCUCAUACAUAUGAUGCCCCUCAUUCAUUUUCAUUUUCCUUUUUCUUAUUUGUUCUCUUUCACCUUUAAUUGUGUCCUUCUGUCAAUGUCGUGUUCCAAAAAUGUAUGAGAAUUUUGCUUAUAUUGAUGGCACUGGAAGUAAACAAUCUUCCUCUUAUAAUUGCUUAAUGGAAUUCUUGGCUACCUUAAUCAAA